AUAAAUAGGAUGACGUCACUUUGACCUGCCCACCGUGCUAGUAAAAUGCCAGAGCAAGCGAACGGUCUAUAUAAACGGGUGAUGCAACGUUACAGCGGCAACUGUAACUUUCUUAGUCAACAGAAGAGAUUCACAACCAGCCUGUGUCCAAUAAAGGCUUUUCAACAGAUCCACUGAAAUCUUUAAUCUGGUUCAUAAUGAUGCUUCAGCACCCCGGUCCAAGUCUGUCCGACAUCAGCACGUCCGCCCUAGUCCCCUGCCUCUCGCCGCCGGGAACACUUACCCUAGACGAUUUUACCAGCUUUACGCCGCUGGUGAAGGAGGAGCUCCGCUUCGCCAUCCAGACCAAGCGGCUAUCCCACGGUCUCAGCGCGGACAUGAGUGACUGUGCGAGCUCAAGCUCGGACCGACCAUCCGAGGUCUCUAGUGGCAGGAGAGAGGUAAUCCCAGAAGAGAGUGACAGAAGGAAAAGACGACGAGAGAGAAACAAAGUUGCUGCUGCCAAGUGUAGGAACAAGAAGAAGGAGAAGACAGACGGUCUCCAGAAGGAGUCGGAAAAGCUGGAGACGGUGAACGCAGAUUUGAAGGCUCAGAUAGAGGAGCUCAAGCAACAGAAGCAGCAGCUGGUGUACAUGCUCAACCUCCACCGGCCCACCUGUAUCGUCCGCGCCCAGAACGGCCAGACCCCAGAGGAUGAGAGGAAUCUCUUCAUCCAGCACAUCAAGGAGAGCGCACUCCAGGGGCUAGGCGUCGCCCCCGCCGACCACCUUGACGGACAGUUCCUGCUCCACAGCGGGCACGCCCACGGCAUGGUGCCCACUACCUGUGGGCACCUGUGAUCGAUGAGGCCUGGGCUGGGCAAGCUGACAGAACUGUGGGUUCUACACCCAGGAUGUGACCCUUCAGCCAGCUGGUCUGGGAUCAAGUCCCGACCUGGAACGAUAGUGAGAAGGCCAAAACUGAAGCCAGACCAGCCUCCAGGAAGGAAAUGUACACUGUACCCUGUACACCCUCAGAGGGAAUGCUGCUACUGUGAGGAGACAGCCAAAGACUCAACACUUCCUGAUCAGGGUGGGGUCUGCUAGCAGAAACAAGAAGUACUUUUCGAGGACAUGCCCAACAGCAUAUACCCAGAAAACGCCAGGGAUUCAUAGACAGAAAGCACUAAAACAGGGAAAUGUUUGCUUUUAUUGUUCUGUUAUUCCUAAAUCUUAAAGUGGUUCUUAGAGAUAGGAGACUUAAGUAUAUAUUUUUUUGUUUUUGUUUUUUUGUACCAAAGCACCAAAUUGAGUUGUAAAAGACACAAUUUAACUAAACACUUGAGCUUGUUAACAUGACAAACCUGUCUGGUACAUCUUGUUAUAACAUAAUGAACAUAAGUUACAAAGCUCUAGUCUAUGUGUGAGGCAUGUGUAUAACUUGUUAUAGAGCCAAAAGGUUCUUGCUAGUGUUCUUGUCUAUGAAAGUAUGACUUGCCUCUGUCCAGUUUGAGCUACGAUAUCUGUAGCUCAGUGCUGUCUGUCUUUCUCUGCCCUGACUCAACGAUAACCCUGAAUGCACUGCUACUUUCUCAGGAUGCUCAGAAAUAGUCCACAGGGGCAGAGAUAUGCAUAUUCGACAAACUUUAGCUUGUAGAAUUCUCUCCUAAGAAGUCCUGCUUGUGUUUGCAAUGUAGUUUUACAUCUGAACUGUAGUGUAUAAUAUACAGUAGUUAGUCAUUUGUAAUGUGCAUAAAAUUGUGAUUGUAAAAACCAACGAACACCUCUUACGUUCCUCAUAAGACUGUUUAUAACGUCUGUAUGUAUUUAUUUAUCAGAACUGGCUUUAUUACUAUAAACCCACCAGAAGGAAUCACUA